AGCACAGGCUGGUCUUAUCAGUGAUGCGUACCAGACGCUUUGAUCAACUGCAGGUUACCCUAAUAGAUGCAUUACUAGAGUUAGUCGGCAAGUUGUACAGAAUGUUGGACUGUUGCAGCUCAUUAAAUGAUAACAUUGGAGUUCCCAGUUUAGAAGUAGCCUACACUCUAUUUCAGUAAAUCAGCAAUAGGAUUUAGUGCUUCAAGUAGAUCAAUUAGUCCUGGGAUAUUUUUAGAACUUUAAUCCCUACCUUAUGACAAGAAGCCUCUAUAUCUGGAAAUAGCAGCUCUGGAUCAUCCAAUGAAAUGUAUCUGUUUCGCGAGGCCCCACUUGAUGUGAACAUGGCUCCUGUCAACACUUGGUUAGGUGACCGCUCUCUCACGCUGCCCCUACUUACUCUAUAAAACGUGUGCCGCAAGUCAUUUAUUUGACUAGACAAAAGAAAUAGAGAGUAAUUACAUUAACAUUCAAACUUCCAAUAUGAAUAAAAGUGGACGGUCAGCAAUAGCUCGCAGUAAAAGUAUUGACCAACUACUGGACGAAGACCGAGAGAAAAGAGAACGAGAAAUCCAAAUUCUAAUAUUAGGGGCCCCUGCAACAGGUAAAAGUACCUUCAUCAAACAGUUCAGACUUCACUAUGGCGAUAGAUUUCCUCAGAGUGAACGGCGGACUUUCCACGACCAGAUCCAUCAAAAUGUUGCAUUUUCUUUGGUCCAUUUGAUGGAUCAUAUGGAGCGUCUGGGACUCAAGUUUCAUGGGCCAUCUGUUCAGAAACUUGCCGAAGAUUUUCGCAAAAAACAUCCGAGAAUUUCUCUUACAAAACUUACAAAGAAAUUUAAAGAAGAAAAUGAAAAGGCAGAGGUUAUGUGUCCAGUCACCACUAGAGCGGAGCUUACCAAAAGACUAUCUUCCCUAGAUGUUUAUCAACCAGAAGUGCCCAACAUUGAUGACAUGCACACCUUGUGGGCGGACACUGCCAUGCAGAUUGGCUUUGAGAAGAGACAUACAUUUGAAACGGAUAAAUUAACCUUCAGUUCAGAAUAUUUCCUAAACCACAUUGGCAGAAUUUGUCAUCCAAACUACCUGGCAAGUGUUCAAGACAUUCUACUCAUCCGCUGGCCAAGUCUCGGCGUUCAGGAACAUCAGUUUAUCAUUGAUAACUUUCUAUAUAGAAUGAUUGAUGUAGCCGGGCAAAGAAGUCUAAGGAAAAAAUGGAUUCAUUUUUUUGAUGAAGUCACUGUGGUGACAUUUUUUGUCAAUUUGGCGGCGUUCGACGAGUACAGCGAGGAGGAUCCAACAGUGAACAGUUUAUAUGACAGCCUUCAAGCUUUCAUUGAGAUUGUCCACAGUCACUUCUUGGACAAAACAGAUUUUAUUUUGUUUUUCAACAAAAAAGAUUUGUUCGCCAGCAAGAUUAAAACAUCAUCGCUGUCUCAAUGCUUUUCUAAUUUUAAAGGUCCGCAGACACUUGAGACGUGCAUCCAACACGUGAGAGAACAAUUUCUUCAAAGUAAACCCCAGCAGAAACAAGUCUACACUCAUGUCUGUUGUGCUAUUGACGUGACAUUUAUGAAAGAUCUCCUCAGCUGUGUUAUUCAAUGUAUUAAUGAUGUAUAUAUUCGAAAAUCAAAGACCUACUAGAUGACAUCGUACAGGGCCGGUCCUGUUAGGGUGCGGGGCCCUUGGCGUACAUGCUGCGCUAUAACUCUGUCAUUGGUUGUUCAUUAAUGGGCCUACCGGUAAUCUAUAAAUUCGAAUAUGUUAUGAAGCGGGGGCCCGGCACGUCCCAGGCUACUAACCAUCUUGUAGGACCGACCCUGUCGAAAAGUAGGCCUAUACACGUUCUACAUUGAUGAUUGUACACACACACACACAAAUAAAAGAUGAAGUAAAUAACACUAUGAACCAUGUUCUGUGUAGAUUGAAUGGAUUUAGUUGAACAUUAUACAAGCUAGUGAACUUUUAUUACACAGCAUCUUUUUUUAUUCUCUCUUCUCUCAAGUUAUUUUUUUAGGAUUGAAAAAAAAAGGUGGGGGGGGCUCUUGAGUUGAAAACACCCCAGUUGUCUCCAUUUUUUUUUUAUUUGAAGGACAUAACCAUCCAAUUAACUUCUGAUCUACGCUAGUAGAUUUCGUUCAUUGUGCUAUGACGUCAUGGUUAUUCUUCCCAAACACUUUUCAUUCAACAAUACCAGCUUCCUCUUCAUUGGCUUAAUGAGCACUAGAACAUUGUGCAUGGAGUAAAGUCAAAUUCUUUCUGGACUGAAAUAUUAUAUACAGUAUUUAUUUUUAUUUUUUUUUAACUAUCACAGUCACCUAAUAAAUGUCGUGAAUUCAGUUUGUUUGUUUAACUGUGUAUUUUGUCUUCUUCUUUGAUUUAGCUCAUCUCUUUGCACCACAGUGAAAGAUAUUGACUUGUCUAUCCAAUAAUUCCAUCAUUCGAUGAUUCUCGAUCCUUACAUGUUAAAAAAAUCAUGUAUAUUAAAACCAGUAUACCAUUUAUUUUGCGUAACCGGGUUCAUCGCUUGGACAAGAGAGCAUUUAUAGGCCUACCACCAAGCAGGAUUUUAUCAAUGGCUUGCUCGUAACACUUCAGUUUAAUGACCUAUGUUGAUUUAUUUUAAUGCAGUGUUUAUGUGAUAUUCUACUGGAACUAGAAAUUCGUAGAUUGAAAACAUGUUUAUGCCACUCAAGUAGACAUUACAAUAUCUCAGUGAUGCUCAUAUAACAACUGGAGUCACAUCAAGCCUCUCAGUCCAUUGGACUGGAUUCGAUUUUGUUUAUUUUGAUGUAUCACACACAAAUGUAUGUGGCUCCGAGGCCGCAAACUGGCAGGUUUUUAUAGUUUUAAAUGCUGAAUAAUUAACAAAGACUAUGCCUAAAUAUUGCUGAUGUUCAAGCUGAACUGCUAUUAAUUAAUGCAUACUUAAAAACCUGAUUUUGGGAUACUGUCAAAUCUAAGUUAUGGAGUCCAAUAAAAUUCUAAGUCGAUUUGCAGUUCAUGUCAUUAUGGACUUCAGUGGGGGAUAUUUUAUGGUUUCAGUGGGCUGAGAUUUCAAUGGGGCGGUGCAAGGGUUGGAUGUGGCCUGCAGGCUUAUUUUGGUCAUCACUUAUCUACAUGUUCAUCUUGUGUUGUAGGUUCACUUUGCUCAGUGGUUCCCAAACUUUUUUGUCUUGUAUACCCCAUGCCACGUUUUCCACAUCUCGGUAGACCUAUUGCUUGGCCUAUAAUGCUUUUUUGAAAAUUCAUCCUUUUUUAAAUUAAAUGCGUAUACCGGUAUCUAAAUUUGGAAAUUGGGAAAAUUCGCCCCAAUCAAUUUCUGCUUUAUUAAUUAAAUUCUCACAAGAAAUGGUGAUAUAAUUUAUCAAAUUUAAGUUAUCCCCAUGUAGCUGCAAGUUCAUGGCAUUAAAUGUAGCAGCAUGUUCAUGUCAUUAAAUGUAGCAGCAAGUUCAUGUCAUUAAAUGUAGCUGCAAGUUCAUGUCAUUAGAUGUAGCUGCAAGUUCCUGUCAUUAAAUGUAGCUGCAAGUUCAUGUCAUUAAAUGUAGCAGCAAGUUCAUGGCAUUAAAUGUAGCUGCAUGUUCAUGUCAUUAAAUGUAGCAGCAAGUUCAUGUCAUUAAAUG